UCCCACAUCCCUUUGUUGGAAUACAGACGAGGGCUGUUGUUUCCAACUGCCUUCGUCCUCAGCAUGUUGCUUAGUAUCUUCUGGGUUCUUGCUGCUUGUUCUCGAGACGUGAUUGCAACCACUGCCGCAGAUAAUCGAUUUAUUACUCCGCCGCCGCCGUCCUCGGAUGGCCAUGUGGGGGAGUAUGAAGUGGGAGACGUACAAGCUAUCUCGUGGACGACCACGACGGACGUCUUCAAUAUCACAAUCUGGCAGCGAGACUUGAGUCAAGGAACCAAAACGAGCGGCGGUAAUAUUUUUGCAAAGAUCCACGCCAACGAUGCCAUCACAAACUUCUCCUGGGUCGUUCAACCCUACGACUUUGACCUUUCUCUAUCUCCGGUCUUUUUUCUCUCGCUCGACUCACCUUCCACCGUCCAAUUCCUCUCCUCUGAUUUCAACAUCACCCAACCCUCUUCUUCUUCUUCUUCUUCUUCUUCUUCUUCCUCAACCCCACUCACCUCGUCCGACCCCUCCUCCGCGUCUACAGACAACACCUCCACAUCCGGCCUAACAUCCACCGGCAAAAUCGCCCUCGGUCUCGGCGUUGGCGUCGGUGUCCCCCUCAUCUCCCUCCUCGGUAUCCUAGCCUACUUCCAAUCCCGAAACGCAGAGAAACAGUAUAUGUCUGCGGCCGGGAUGCCGCCACCACCCCAAUACCAAUAUGCGAAUCAAUUCCCGCAGCCCCCGAUAUUCCAGAGUCGGGCGCCGUCGGAGCUCCCGCCCAAGGCCCAGAUGCAGGCGCACAGUCAAAUGCACCCGGCGAGGGCGUCGAUUCGGAUACCGGAGUUACCGGGGGAUAAUUAUAUUUAAUUUUUUUUUUUUCCAGUUCAUUGGGAAAGGGUUCAUUCAAGUUGGGUGGUUUGUUCAUGGUUCAAUGUAUAUAUUGAUAACUCACUAGUUAGCUUAUACAUAUGUAUAACAAAAG